GUACACGUGCACAUAUCUCCACGCCCCCCUCCGAUUAUGAAGCCAGAAGCAGGGGGCGGGACCACCUGUUGUAAAUUGCACUCUGUCUAAUGUGAUAUCAACGCAGCGCCACGAACGGACUCUCUCACAGUGUCUCAGCACUUUCCUCAUCGCCCCAAGUCUCUGUGACCGGAACAAGACAAGGUGGACAGCGGCCACUGCAGCAAUCAUCUGUCCUUUGACUGUCAUUAGGUGUCAAGACUUCGGCAGUAAGAUGAUGAAAGCGGUUGCAGUGUCUCCUUGGUGCCUCUUGGGGGUGCUAUACAUCUGUGCAACGGUGGAUGCCACUUCAAUUCACCCAUGGGAAACAGCAGGCGUCUUGCCGUGCGGUAACUGGGACUGCAAGUGCGCCUUCAAUCAGCAGCGAGGCUGCUGCUGCGCCAGCAACGAUCUGUUCAGCCUGGAGACGAGCGUCUUCACCCGCCUGAUGGCCAUCUCGGGAGGCCUGACGCAGCUGCAGGGCGCGAUCGAGGACUUCAUGGGAGGACAGAAGGUAGCGUUCACAGCAACCUUGAACCACUUAGGAUGCUUCGGCCCCUUCACCAGCAACGUGCCAGUCCCCUACAACAACGUCACCCUCAACCACGGAAACGGCUACAACUCAGCCUUGGGGGCCUUCACUGCGCCGCACGCCGGCUUCUACUCCUUCGCCUUCACGGCGUUCUCCGACGUGAGGCUGGCGGGCGAGCGGAUGUACCACCAGGUGCGGCUGAUGAAGAACGGCGUGGUGAUAGCCUCGGUGUGGGAGGACAACCGGGAGGACUCGAAGGACAGCGCGACCCAGUCCGUGCUGCUGCAGCUGGACCGCGGGAGCCAGGUCUACGUGGACCUGGUGUCCGGGCGCCAGCUCUGCGAUCACCAACAGAAUCACAACGCCUUCUCGGGGUAUCUGGUUUAUCCUUCCCAUUAGUCUUAACCAGGACCCUCAGAUGCAUGUGGAUGCAAACCGACACUAUCUGUUGCACACUAGGGCCCUUAGAUCCAAACACACGCACGCAGACACUCACAGGAGUGCUCACUAAGACACACUGACACCCACAGAAGUGCUCACCAAGGCACAAAUGCAGACACACACACACACACACACAUACUGACACUAAGAGAAGUGCUCACUAAGACACAAAAACAGACAAACACACACACACACACUCAGAAAAGUGCUCACUAAGACACACACACAUGCACACACACUCUCUGAGAAAUUCCCCCUAAAACCUUAAGAUUCUUAUGCAGCCAGACCCACAAGCUGAUGAACAGAGUGACGAAGUUGGUGAUCAACUCUGAUUUACAGAAAUACACUGCCACACACAUUCAUGUGCGUGUACACUAACUGGUCUUCUGAAAUGGUGUUUUCUCUAUUAGUGGCUUCUUUUUACAUGUUUGUAUGAGUGAGCUAAUUUGAUUGCCAUUCCUGUAUAAUAUUGGGCUGUCUCACUAUGACACAUUGUAUGUCUUUGAAUUAAUAAACGAGUUUGUAUGAUA